AUGACCGUCCUCUCGACGUCUCGCGGCCUGCGCAGGCCCAUGGCACUCAUAGUGCUCGCAGUCCUUACAAGCGUAUUCGGCUCGCUGUACGCUAUCUCCUGGGUUGGAAGCUUGUCUCCGACGAUGACCUUCCGCUGGCCAUUCUCUUUCCCCGCCCUCUCCCCCACGGACCUCAACGCGUCUUACUCCCCUACCUCCUUCCCCUCCUCCUCCGACCUGGAUGCUGCAGACGGGCCUCCGAUAUCGAUAAUAAUAAUAUGGAAAAAUGAUGUUCAACCGUACAUGUCCAACUUCCUCCAGUCUGUGCUGGCCAACGCCCGUUCGUUGGAAGUCCUCUGGGUGGGCGUCAAGUGGGCACACGAAGACGCAUGCUUCGACCCUCUAGAACUGGUGGAAGAUCGCCACCGGGUGGAGGCGAACGUCCGUCUGUUGUGUUUGAGCGAGGACGAGUAUUGGGAGAUGCACAGAGACUAUUUUUGCGAGCGCUGGAACUGCUCAGACGUGGAGAGGAAGCUAGUUCUGGACGCGAUGAUCGAGCGCCAACAGCGGGACUACCAACACUCGUUUUUCCGCCUCUGGAGGGGGUACGUCUUUCGCCACCACCUCAAUCCUGGCGCUCGCUGGUGGGGCUGGGCAGACCCGGACACCUUUCUCGGGAACUUCGACACCCAGUUCCCCUGGGAUGCAGAAGCGUUCGACGUGUUCGUCCCCGCUUCGCCGCACACGCUGCUCUACCUUCGGGGACAUCUGUGUUUCUUUCGCACAGGCACGAACGUGGAGGACAAGCUCAAUUCCUACCCUAACCUCAUCUCCCCCGACGCGUAUCUCGAGAAACACAAAGUGGGGCAAUACACUGCCAUGGAAGAAGCCGAAUUCUCCGCUUUCAUCUUUCGGUCUAACAUCUCCUUUCUCCUUUCUUCCUCUUCUCUCGUCGACAUCCCCCUAGGUGCAGUAGCCCUCAACACACCGACGUUCGCCAGCCUCAAGGGGGUGUACAUGCCUUACUCUCUUCCUCCCUCCCUGCCGGACUGGCCAGAGAUCCCGGUCUUGGGGCUCCCGGGGGAAUGCGCGUCGUGCCCCCGGCCAACGGGGAGACGGCCGACCUUCUCCGAGGAGGGGGUGACGCGUCCCGUAAGCCUGCGAAGAGGGGCGUACGAGGGAGACCUGUGGUUCCCCAGCGAGUGGGCGACGGAGUACCUCCCUGCACUCCAUCCCCCUGAUGAGAAGGGUUGGACGGUCUUCGUCGGUCGUGGAGGGUGGGAAGGAGGUCCAGAAGGGGUGUGGGAGCGCCGCGAGCCACCCCCACCAUCAAUCGACGUACCUGUCCUCUCCCACCUAUCUAACGCCAAGCCUCAGCCAACACAGACCGUCCCGCUACGAGAAGGACUGUAUAUCCAUUUCUUCCACCAGAAACACGCGGAUUGGUUUCCUGGCCCGAGGCUGGAGGAGGGUGGCGUGCUGAUGAGUGUUUUUAUGCAAGGGGGAGAGGUUUGGCAGGCGGGGAAGAGGGUGUGGAGGAGUGGGCAAUAG